AUGGUUAAUUAUAAAAAUUGGUUAGGUGAAAUUGAUAAUAAUACUGAGAUUUCAAAAUUAUCAAUUCCUGGUACUCAUAAUUCAGCUGCUUGUCAUACUGCACUACCAUCCGUUCAAUGUCAAGGAAAAUCGGUUACUAGUCAAUUAGAACAUGGAGUUAGAUUUUUAGAUAUUAGGGUCGGUAAGUUAUUUAUUGGUGAUAAUGUUAAAGAUUUACAAGUUAUUCAUGGUAAAUUUCCUGUUAAAAUUCCAUUUCCUGAAAAAUUAACUGAUACUUUGGAAGAAGUUUAUAAAUUUUUACAAAAUAAUCAAAGUGAAUCAGUUAUUGUUUCGAUAAAACAAGAAGGUUCAAAUGAUUGGGAUAAUGCUAAUGAUGAAUUUGGUAAAUUAAUUUGGGAUAAAUAUAUUUCACCAAAUAAAGAUAAAUGGUAUUUAAAUAUUGAUAUUCCAAAAAUUGGAGAUUCAAGAGGUAAAGCUAUAUUAUUUAGAAGAUUUGGAGUUAAUGAUGAAAAUUUAAAAUCACAAUUUGGUUUUGAUGCACAUUUUUGGGAUUAUAAUACAACCGAUGAUGAUAGAGGAUCAUUUGCAGUUCAAGAUUUUUGUGAAGUUCAAAAUAAGAAUGAUUUACCAAAAAAAGCAGAUUAUGUUAAAAAUUUUAUUUCAAAAGCAAAAGAUUAUGCUAAUGAUGAUAAAUUUUUUGUUAAUUUUACAUCGGGUUCAAAUUUUUUUGAUAAAGAUUGUUGGCCGGAACCAUGUGCUGAAUAUUUUUUAAAAGAAGCAAAAGUACAAGAAGUGUUUGGUAAAGGAUCAGGAGUCGUUGUAUUAGAUUAUGCAGAAGCGGAUGAUUGGAAAUUAACUAAAGCAUUAAUUGAUACAAACUUUUAA